AAAUAAAUUUAGACACCUGCGAUUUUUUUCUUAAAUUGCUCCAAAUAAAAGGAAAAUUUAUUUUUUGUGAAAAGUCGUGAACUUUUGCGGAAUAAAAUGGGAGCUAAUGUCUCAGAAAUGUUUAAAUCGGAUUUGCCCUUGACUUUCAAAUGUCACGGCUGUAAAAAUCCCUUCGAGGCGGAAAAGAAAGUCUUGCAGUGCAAAACGGGUCAUAAUUUUUGUGAAACUUGCCCAACGACGACUCCCGAGUGUCAUGAGUGCAAAGAAGGGUUCUUGGGAACGCGUAAUUUUGCCUUGGAAGAGAUGAUCAAGAAAGCACAUGAGAAUAAUAAUGUCGCAGAAGUGCCUGUAGUUGAUCAAACUCCCGUCGUUGAUGCGAAAUUGAAGCUUGGAAAGCCAACUGAAGCUCCUGGUUGGGUAAAAUGCGAUGGAAAAGAAAUUCCUGCGAACGCCGUCGUUGGCGGAGAAGAUCAAAAUGGAGUUUCGAUGUACGUGGGACGCGCCAUGCACGAUGGAUCUCUUAUUCCCGGCAAAAUUAACGUCACAACAGGCACUUGUUUCGUCGGUUGGAACGGAGAUCAAUUCGAAAAGACCGAAUUUGAAGUUCUCUGUGGCAUCAAUUCGAUUUGGGUGAAAUGUUCGGGAGCUAAUAUCCCAGCAAAUGCUUUUCCCGGAGGCAAAACUCACGCUUCAGAAGUUCUUUAUAUCGGACGAGCUUUGCAUAAUGGCACUUUGGCGGUUGGAAGUGUGCAAAAAUCAUACAGCGCUUGUUUCGUGUCGUACGGAGAAAAAGAAUACGAAUACAAGGAUUAUGAAAUUUUUGUUACAGACGAUCAUGCGUUGAUUGCCAAGCUCGAACCGAUUGUCGAAGGAAAGGUAGUUGAACCGGAAGUUGUGCCUGAAGCUCCUGUUGUUGCUCCUGUAGCUGCGGAAAAAAUGCCCGAUGUCGAUGAAAAACUAUGGCGCUCAUGCAUGGGAACACAAGUACCCGAUAACGCAGUGAAAGGCGGUUACGACAGCGACGAAGAACCCUUGUACAUUGGCAGAAUAAAACACGAGAACGGAAUCACGCCCGGAAAAGUAAACGCCGACGCUGGCUUAUGUUACGUACCCUUCGAAGGCAAGGAAUAUUCACGCAACGAAUACGAAGUACUUUGCGGCGCAAAAGGCACCUGGGUUCAAUGCUCACACGAUGCAAUUCCAAAAAAUGCCUUCAUUGGCGGCAAAUCAGAUGCGGGCGAAACUUUGUACAUUGGUCGCGUAAAGCACGAAAACACACUGACAAUCGGCAAAGUCAAGCCAUCGGUGAAAGCGUGCAUCAUCCCGUACAAAGGCAAGGAAUUCUCGUAUCCAGAAUACGAAAUUUUUUGCUAUUAAGU